AUGAAACUUGAUUCGGGAUUAUUCGUUUUAUUUUUAGUGGCUGUACAAGCCUAUGAUGAUACACUUGGUCUAGUCAAUGGCUAUACUUCUUUAUCCACAGCCAACUUUGACAUCAAGUUAGUCAAAGAUUCCCAGCUUCUCGCCUCUCUCAAGCCAACAGGAGAGUCUUUCGACUUCCUGCCUUUUGAUGAUAUCGCAUACCGAGCGGCAAAUGGCCAGUAUCAUAAUGGGAACAUUUCAUAUCGUUAUCGACCGUCAGGUUCAACAAAGUGGAUUGCAGGCGAUUCAGCAAAAGCAAGAAAAUCGUUGAAAAGCGUCAAAUCCAAUGCUCUUGCCGCCGCUGAGAUGACACAAACCCUACCGACCUCUCCUAUCAAUAUUCUUCGGGAAUGGAUUGACGUUGACGGCGAUCUCGGGUUGACCUUUACUCUGACCAACAAGGGAAAACAAACACUGGAAAUUGGCAGCCUGGGCUUCGCGACCGAAUUCAACAGUAUCUUCUCCAACCGCACAGCAGAAGAUAUGGUGGCCAAAUACUCCCUCACAGAUCCAUAUAUUGGAAUGGAUGCUGGGUACCUUCAGGUGACACCCACAUCUGGGACUGGGACAUCGUUGGUCGUUACCCCAUUGCUCAACACAAGCACUCCUCUGGAAGCAUGGCGGAACCUGGAAGAGCCUAGCACCGAUCCUCUCUACUACGGUAGUCAAACAUUUGAGGGAUUCUACGAAUGGCAGACUCACACUAAAGCCUAUGCUGAGAAUGAGUGGUCUGAUGCCACCCCAUGGAACGAGCCUAGCUCUCGACUCGUGAAACCAGUCAAAGCCACCAACACGCCUGUCACGGUGGGUAUACCGGGCUAUGUGGUACCAGUCGAUCUCACGGCUCGGCUUUACAUCUUUCACUCUCAGAUCUCCGAGGUCGUGUCCGAGGAUAACUCUUUCAAGAUAACCCAAGGUGCAAAUGGUGAUCUAUCACUCACCCCAACUGGCUUGGUUUGGGGUCGGACCAGGGUAACCAUCACUUACGAAGAUGGCAAGGUCCAAACGAUACACUACUUUAUCACGGACUCGGCACCAGCGACAAUCCGCAAAUUGGGCGAGUUCACUACCACCUCGAUGUGGUUCAAUGACACAAAUGAUCCCUUCCAUCGAGCUCCAUCGGUCAUGACAUGGGAUCACUCAAACCAAGCCCAAGUCCUCCAAGAACCCCGAGUCUGGAUGGCCGGACUAAGCGAUGAAGGCGGCGUAACCUACUUGGCCAGCGCAAUGAAGCAAUCUGGCUUAGCCGACGCGACAGAAGUAUCCAAACUUGAACAAUUUGCAUCCGAAGUUCUGUCUCGGACAAUCCAAAACGCAGACUUCACCGUCCGCAAGAGUCUCUUCUUUUACGAGCCUGCUCAAAUCCCUGGAUACAAAUACGAUCAGUCUCUCGACUGGGAAGACUGGUGGUCAUGGAAUAAUGAUGCGUCCUAUGCUACAGACCGUGCCUACGAUUAUAUCCAUGUGAUCGGGGCAUACUGGGCGUUGUAUCGCGCAGGUCGAGAUAACGGGUCUCUUCUGAAAACACACACUUGGCAAUGGUAUCUCAGUCAAGCAUACAAUACCACAGUGACCUGUUUCGCCACGGACGCGAGUGGGGGAGGGCUUGUGGGGUACUCGCGUCUCGGACUCAUGGGCGAGACUGUCGUUGGUGAGCUUCUAUCGGAUCUGAAGCGUGAACAGUGGACUGUCGAGGCCGAUUCUGUGGAAGCUGCUAUGAAGCUUCGCGCUGGGGCAUGGGAUACGCAGGAUGUUCCUUUUGGCAGUGAGAUGGCUUGGGACUCGACUGGGCAAGAGGGAAUAUACUACUGGAGCAAUCAUUUCAAAUUAACCAACACAGCAACGAAGACUAUCAACAGCAUCCUGGGAUAUAUGCCCACAGUGCCGCAUUGGGGAUGGAAUGGGAAUGCCCGACGAUAUUGGGAUUUCAUCUAUGGCGGCAAACUCCAGCGCAUCGAACGCAUGAUCCAUCACUACGGAUCAAGCCUCAAUGCACUACCAUUACUAUCCCAGUUCCGCCAGAACCCAACAGACACCUAUCUCCUCCGAGUUGGCUACGGCGGAAUAACUGGACCAUUAUCUAACAUCCGACAAGAUGGCUCGAUGUACAAUGCUUUCCACUCCUUCCCUGAUACCCUCCAAGGCGACAAUUAUUCAGGUGAUUACGGUCCAAAUUUCCUAGGUAUGAUGCUUGGAUCUGGCGUCUACGUCGUCGAUGAUCCUGAUGUCGGGCUUGUCGCGUAUGGUGGGAAUAUCGCUACCGACGGAAACACGGUCACCGUGUGGCCACGAGACGCUGUGCGUCGGCGGGUCUAUAUUGCCCAAAUGGGAGUAUACGUCACUAUCAGCGCUGGAUUGAUAGAAGAGGUUUCAUUUGAUGUUUCUCUAGCGACCUCUCUUCAACUACGUAUUGUUCCUGGCUCGUCUGGUGUUUCUUCUGUUAUUGUUUGGGUUGAGACUCCAGGUACAGAGGAUGACUAUGCUGUGGUUGGGGGUCAAUUGCGCGCGAGAGGAGGCUGGAGUGUCAAAUUCGCCUCUGGGGAAGCGGAUGUUGUUGUUUCGAAAUUGUGA